UUCAAGCUUUUGCUGCCUACGAACCAAAAGAAUGUUCAGUACACACGAACGUCUCAAACGUCGCACUCCGGAAGGUGGUAUCAACCGAAGGACAUACUUGAAGCUGCUCGUAGAUGAAUAUUACGAAACAUCAAACGUUGAAGCGCAGCAGCAAGUGACCGCCAAUCUGGCUAACUUCGCCUACGACCCUAUCAAUUGGCCCUUCCUGCUCGAGGCUAAGGCGCAUGAGCUUUUCUACGAAAUUAUUCAACAAUCCACUCAGGGUGUAGUGGACAGACUUCUCGUUCUGCAUGCAAUCGUAGGCUUAGCCAACAUUUCACUCGAUCCGGAUACGGCGGAAUACAUCGUUCGCAGUAACGGCUUGCGUCGACUCGCGGAACUAUUGGAAAGGCACCAUACAAAUUGCGAGAUCGUUUGCAAUGUGCUUACUUGUUUUGCAUUUUUGAUAAACGACGAUCGUGCGCAGGUGUUACGCAAAGAUAGCAUUUUAUCGCCACUACUGGAACAGUUAAGACAAGAUAAAAACCCUCGAAUAGCCAAUCUUGCGACGGUGCUCCUGGAAGACAUCAAAUUGAAGUAAUGCAACGAGUAAUUACAAUGCGUUGGAUGUGUACUGCCGGUACACCGACGGUUGGUUCAGUUUUCCACCUCACAAGGACAUUUCGUGAGAAGGACAUAAAAACCUUCGUUGACCUAACCGGAGACAGCAAUCCAAUCCAUUUGACAAAGAACCAAAUGGCGAAUGGUGUUACAGCAAAGGCCGACACGUUUGUGAACGGUGCUUUUCUGAAUGCCGUUAUUGCCGGGAUAAUCGGUACACAUUUUCCCGGUUACGUUGUGACGGCGCAACAGUUUCGUUUUCCAACCCGUUGCCAGCUGGACCAGGAAGUAGCGUUCACUGUGCAAGUACAAGACUUGCGGAAAAUUGUGACUGUUUCAUAUGAAAGCAAACAGGGGGAUCGGAUUGUUUUCGAAGGCAGCGCCAAGUUGUUUGCGGUACGGAAAUGAAAAUAAAACAAAAUGGACAGUGAUGCGAAGAGAAAUGGUUUUGUGCUACCUUUGUACGGAGUUUGCAAACUGAGCUGCGCAAUAGGUUUAAAAACAGUAUGUAUAAAA